AUAGUCCACCCACUCAACAUUCAACAAUAAUGAGCCAUUACAAUCAGGGCCAGCCUCCCGUUGGUCUUCCUCCUCCCCAAGGUUAUCCGCAACCGCCGCCGCCGCAGCAAGAUUCUCACGACAAAGAUGCAACUCCCGGCUACCCUCCUCAGGGCUACCCGCCCCAACCCCAGGGAUACCCUCCCCAACCCCAAGGAUAUCCUCCCCAAGGGUACCCUCCUCAAGGGUAUCCUCCCCAAGCCUACCCUCCUCCGGGCGCGGGCUACCCUUCUCCAGGUUACCCUCCUCCUCCUCCUCAAGGUUACCCUCCCCAACCGGGUUAUCCUCCGCAGUAUGCCCCCCAAUACGCUGCGCCGCCGCCCCCUCGCCAACAACAACAAUCCGGCAGCUCUGGUUGUUUGGAAGGAUGUUUGGCCGCACUGUGUUGUUGCUGCCUCUUGGACGCCUGCUUCUGACGUUAACGCUUCAAUUUGCUCAGUUAAUCC